CUGGCAUAAUAUAUUUGUACGUUAUGCUAGCUGUUGUUUUUGAUCUGAGUGCGCCAUCUAGGAAUGGAUAAGAAUUGCCUGGUAGUUGUAUAAAUAUAUAUAUAAUAUUUAACUAAUAUAUAACUCUAUGCCUGGUACUCAGCUUUGUUUGUACGCGAAAUUAAAAUAGUUCCAGGUAGGUUACACAGUAACUUACCAUAUGCACAUUUAACAACUUGACUUGGUGACCGGUGAUUGGAUAUCAGCUGGCUACGAAGUCAUGUGUGAUGGAGCAAACAUUGAUGAUAGUUCUCUUGGAGCGAUCCCUGAGGGUGAGCUAAAAACAGAGACAUUGAGUCCUGCAGCAAGAGAGAAACAGCAGCUUUUCACAUUCUCUCGCACCAGUAGCAUCAGUUCAGUGUAUGCAUCAUCAUCCUCUGCACAUAACACUGAAGAUGAAGAUGACAGCGACCACAAGUCGAAUAUGUCGUACAAGGACCGACGGCGUGAGGCACACCAGCUCGCUGAGCAGAAACGCCGCGAUGCCAUUAAGAAGGGUUACGACGAUCUACAGGACAUGGUGCCUACGUGCCAGAACUCCGACGGCAUUGGCUCACAGAAACUCAGCAAGGCUGCCGUGUUGCAGAGGUCUAUCGACUACAUACAGUUUUUGCUACGUGAGAAAAAGAAACAAGAAGAAGAUCUUAGCAUGCUGCGGAAAGACGUGGUCGCUCUUCAGAUUAUGAAGGCAAACUAUGAGCAGAUAGUUGCAGCCCACCAGAGUGCACCACUAGCAGGAGAAAACAAUGUGUCGGAUGACUUGAAGUUUCAAGUGUUCCAGAACAUCAUGGAUACUCAGUUCCAGUCUUUCGAUGAGAAGAUAUCUACGAACAGUUUUGUAGAGCUCUCGGGCUGUGUCAUCCACUGGCUGGAAGAAUGCUGUCAGCCCGACAACCUGCACGAUCUCGCUAUGAAUGUACUCCAGCAGGUGACCAGCACACACUAGCUGCACUAAAGAUGGAAAACUCGCCUCUCCUUGGCAACUGUGUUUAUCCUGGAAAAAUCUCUGCCAUUUGUUCAUGCCCAAGAUACGUUGUGUGCGUGUGUGCGUCCACGCGCGUGCGAGCGCGUGCGAGCUUGAUCUGAAUAUAAGAUGGUUUUCACCUGGACAAUAUCAAGGGUGACUGCACAUAAUGGUUAUACUUUCCUAUUUUGGUAAGUGUCGUUUUUUUACUGAAUAGCACUUAAAUGAACUAGUUGAAGCACAGUUGAAAAACUAGUAAUUAAAGGAAUCGUGUAUAAAUGUUGUAUCUUGUAUAAUAUACAUUGCAUAAUAGUUAUGUACUUCUACUUUAGAUCCUGAAAUAUUUUGCAAUAUAACAGCAAAACCAUUACGUCUGGUUAGUAUUAAACGCAAUUAUAAUUGCAGAGUUUUGCUUUAAAAUGGGGAGGGGAAGUAUUGAAAAUAAAAUCACUGGAUAUUGGAUUGUCCAAUAAUAACUAAUGGAAGUACAUAAUAUAGCUUACUGAUUAUUGGUUAUAUCAUAGGCAUCUACAUUAUAUGAAAUAUGUAUAAAUAAAUUUAGUACAUGUUAUAACUA